UUUGUUUCCUUGACUUUACAUUUCACAUUAACCAAGCAUGCUUCGUUCACGAAUCUUCAGAGCGGCUCUUGGACUUUGUCAUAGCCGUCAAACUAUCGCUUUGCAGAGAUCAGCACUCCCAGUAUAUAGAGCUCUUGCACAAGAUCAGAAGCAUGGAUUCAAGACGAACGUUCUACAAGUCCGCAAGGGAUAUGUCGUUGAAAUGAACAACACGCUUUCCAUCGUCCUUAAGCGCGAAACAUCUGUUAUGGGACGUGGCACUUCGACCGUCAAGCUUGAACUUCAAGAUCUUCUUUCGGGAACUAAGCAUACAGAGCGAUUUCGAUCUGAUGAUAUGGUCGAGGUGACCGAGUUAAAUGACCGCAAGUGUCAGUUCCUCUACAGAAAUGAUGGUCAAAUUCAUCUGAUGGAUCCCGAUACAUUUGAAAUGUAUGAAGUAUCCGAGUCAGUCAUGGAAGAGAAACAGAUCCCAAUGCUUCAGCAAGACAUGAUAGUACAUUUGUCUCUCUACCAAUCUGGUCCCGACGAGCCUGAACAACCAAUUUCUAUCAAAUUGCCGACACAAGCAACCUUUGUGGUUAAAGAGGCCUAUCCUUCAGCCGCACAGACCAAUAAGGGAACCGUAUAUAAGAAUGCAGACCUUGAUAAUGGCAUUAGGGUGCAAGUCCCUGAUUUUGUCAAUAUUGGUGAUCGAGUCGUGGUUGAUACUGAGACUGGAAAGUACGUGCGGCGAGCAUAGAGUAUAUCACCAUUUUUUCGAAUAUGCAACAUCGAC